CCGAAACACGACGUCUGUGACAAAAUAACCAAUGCCGUUAGAACGCAAGAACUGUAGUUGUGCGCCGUGCGCCAAAAGUCAAGACAGGAAAAACCAUAGUGCUUUCAAAACUCACAGUAACUCUAAAGCCAUGAAGUCAUGGCUCCUACUCUGUGUAGCUAGCUUAUAUAUAUCAAGUACUGUUCAAGUGUAUGCUCAAGACUUAAAGGAAUGUGGAGUGAACUGUCAAAGGAAUAAUGGAUGUAAAUGUGUUGGUGAGAAAGGAUCUCGGGGUAUUCCUGGGGCACUUGGACCCCCUGGCCCACAGGGUGUUCAGGGUUACCCUGGCAUGGAAGGACUUCCAGGACAAAAGGGACAGAAAGGUGAUGAUGGCCCAUUAGGACUUACUGGACCAAAAGGAGACAGAGGAAAAAUGGGAAUGCCUGGGUUCCCUGGUAUUAAUGGAAUUCCUGGUAUUCCCGGCCCGACUGGACCCAGAGGACCCUCCGGUAUGGAUGGCUGCAAUGGAACACAGGGAGAGCCCGGUAACCCAGGAUCUAAUGGACUUCCUGGGCCAGUGGGCCCACCUGGUCUGCCUGGGCUCAAAGGUCAGAAAGGAGAAUCAUCUACAGGAGUUGCCAUUAAGGGUCAAAAGGGAGAGCCUGGUGUGGAAGGAUUUCAAGGUCUUCAGGGUCCUCCUGGUAGGGAUGGCCCCUCAGGAUUUCCAGGAUUGCCAGGCCCGGAAGGACCAAGAGGAUUUGAUGGACUGAUAGGCGAGAAAGGAGACAAAGGAUUCCCAGGUUUAAAGGUCAAAGGCCCACAAGGAGACACAGGUGAACCCGGAAAUGUAGGACCCCCAGGCCCUCCUUGUGAUGGGAACGAGGAACUGACACAACCCAAUAUGACUCAGAUAGGACCCAAAGGACAAAAGGGAGAAAGGGGCUUUUCAGGUGCUGAUGGACUUCCCGGACUGCCCGGGACCAAAGGAGAUCAAGGUUUCCCUGGUAUGAAAGGUCCAGUAGGAAUGGAUGGAGAGAAGGGAGUUCCGGGCAUUGCUGGACCAAGAGGCAAGCAGGGAUUGCCAGGUCUUCCUGGUUUACCGGGUUUAAAGGGAGACAGAGGGAUGGAUGGUCUACCUGGAUUGAAUGGACUUCAAGGUGAAAAAGGAAAUCAAGGUUAUUCUGGCCUUAAAGGAGAGAAAGGAUAUAGGGGACCCCCAGGACCCAGUGGGGGAGAGGGCGGAGAUGGCCCAGAAGGACAGAAGGGAGAGCGUGGUCCAUCAGGAGAAAGGGGAUACCCUGGUUUAGAUGGACUUAUGGGAUUGCCAGGUCCUCCUGGAAGAACAGGACCUCUUGGAGGGCCCGGCACACAGGGACUGCCUGGCCCAGAAGGCCCACCUGGACUCAAAGGAGACAAAGGAGAUAAAGGAAAUGCUGGUUUACCUGGAAUUGAUGGCUUAGCUGGUCAACCUGGAUUUCUUGGUGAGAAAGGUGACCCAGGUCUGAAAGGAAAUCCUGGGUUAUCAAUUCCUGGACUUAAAGGAGGUGAUGGUGUUCCUGGCCGAGAUGGAUUACCUGGACGAAAGGGAGAGACUGGAUUUAGGGGACUUCCUGGUAUUCCAGGAAAUUCCACAAGAGGGCGCCCUGGACGUCCUGGACCCAAAGGAAGUAAAGGAAAUUCUGGAUUCCCUGGUCUAAGUGGACGUGAUGGUCUCCCAGGUCUUCCUGGAGAUAAAGGUGACAGAGGAGGUUCCUGUAGAGAUUGUUUACCUGGGUUAAAGGGAGAAAAGGGGACCCCCGGCCGUCCUGGCAGUGCUGGUAUCCCUGGUGAAAUUGGUCGCACUGGAUCCAAAGGUGACCCAGGAGGAAGAGGAGAUGAUGGUGUCCCUGGAUUUAGCGGUCAGAGAGGAGAACGGGGUCAACCUGGUCUACCUGGUGGAAGUGGCUUCAAGGGAAAUAAGGGAGAGCCGUACAUAUUGGAGCUAGACACAAUUUCAGACAUGUGCAGGAAAGGAGAGCCGGGACAACCAGGACCCGCUGGGGAGCAGGGUUUGGCUGGAGUGCAGGGUCCUCAAGGUCCCCGUGGACCAGAUGGAGUACCUGGAUUACGCGGAAGUAAAGGAGACAGAGGAAGAGAUGGAAACGAUGGAAUACCUGGUCAAUCUGGACUGCCUGGACUUAAAGGAGACAAAGGUGUACCUGGCUAUGGUGUUCCAGGUCUGUCUGGAGAGAGAGGUCUGCCUGGAGAAAAUGGACUUCCAGGAGCAAAUGGCAUGAAAGGAGAAAGGGGAAUACCAGGAGAGACGAUUGACAUAAAUGUGGAUCUUCUGAAGGGUACGAAGGGCGAGGCUGGAUUCCCAGGCAACCCUGGAAUUCCGGGGAGAGAUGGCUUACCUGGACUGAAGGGUGACAGCGGUAAUUCAGGGUUACCUGGAAUGGACGGUUUGCCUGGAAUGAAGGGAGAACGGGGCUUUGAUGGAAUACCUGGAGACGCUGGCCCAAGAGGACUUCCGGGGGCAAGAGGUGAAAGGGGUGCAGAUGGACCUCCAGGACAGCCUGGAUUUGAUGGCAGACCUGGUGAAUCAGGACCACAAGGCUUACCUGGAAUAAAAGGUGAGUCAGGCCUUCCUGGAAGAGAUGGACUUUCAACACGUGGUGAGAAAGGAGAUGCUGGACUGCCUGGACUUAAUGGACCUCGUGGUCAGCCUGGGUUCCCUGGAACAGACGGACAACCUGGACAAGAUGGACUUCCAGGAAUGAAGGGUGAUAGUGGUCCAUCUGGACUUCCCGGACUUCCAGGUUCCGCUGGACAAAAGGGAGAACCGGGACAAAUUGGACCAGAAGGAACGAGAGGUUUAUCCGGAGAGGAUGGUCGACCUGGCGUACCAGGACUGGUUGGUGCAAAAGGAGAUGCAGGUCUUCCCGGAAUAAAGGGGCUGUCUGGCUUUCCCGGGGAGAGGGGUGAGGCAGGUGUUGCAGGCCGACCAGGUGCACCAGGUUUAGAUGGACCCCAGGGACCCCCAGGUUUACCUGGAGAGAGGGGACGUGAUGGAGCUCCAGGUACCAAAGGAGAGACUGGAUUUGUUGGAAUUCCAGGUGAGCCAGGACGGGAUGGAAAUCCCGGACUGCCUGGACUACAAGGAAUGAAGGGUGAUAGGGGUUUCCCAGGAAUUCCCGGCGAGCAAGGUCGAAACGGAGAACCAGGACAGAAAGGAGAUCGUGGACCAAAUGGCUUACCAGGACUGCAAGGUGUCCCAGGUGAGGAUGGUUUACCUGGACCUAAAGGUGAAUCCGGACGACCUGGAUCUCCCGGGAACUCUGGAUUACCAGGACAAGAUGGACUCCCUGGACUGAAUGGCAUGAAGGGUGAGCAGGGACUUCCCGGAGUGGGAAUCCCCGGGGAGUCGGGUAUCCCUGGAGAAAGAGGUCGUGAUGGAUCACCAGGAUUACCAGGAAUGAAGGGAGAUCCCGGGCAGCAAGGGCUCCCAGGAUUCCCCGGAAUGAAAGGAGAGAGGGGUUUCCGAGGACAACCGGGACAGUCUGGUCGCCCUGGUGAUGAUGGACUUCCUGGCAUGAAAGGUAAUCCUGGUCUGAAUGGCAUCCCUGGAAGAGCCGGAAUAAAGGGAGACUCUGGCCUUAACGGAAUUCCAGGUCGUGAUGGACAAAAGGGUGAACCGGGAUUAACAGGAACACCAGGUGAAAGGGGACAAACCGGUCUGAAAGGUGAAAGAGGUCUGAACGGCUUGCCUGGGACACCUGGCGUGUCUGGUUUCCCUGGAGCCAAAGGUGAUCGAGGGCGGGAUGGACUGAAUGGUCUCCCUGGAGCCAAAGGAGAUGCUGGACUUCCAGGAAGAGAUGGAUUACCUGGUGAGAAAGGAGAAAAUGGUUUCCCUGGACCUGAAGGAAGAGAGGGCCUGCCUGGAAUGAAAGGAGAACGAGGACCUGAAGGACCACUAGGAGGAAAAGGCGAACCGGGUCGUUCCAUAACAGGAAUCAAGGGAGAACCAGGCAUACCAGGAGAACAAGGUCGGGAUGGAUUUCCGGGAAUGAAGGGGGAUGGUGGUUUACCUGGACAACCGGGAUUACCGGGAAUGAAAGGUGAUACAGGAGUGGGAUUCCCUGGUGCAAAGGGUGAAAGGGGAGUGCCAGGCUUAAAUGGAAUCCCAGGUGAGCAGGGAUCGACAGGAAUCCCAGGAGAGCCUGGGCAGCCAGGAUUCCCAGGCAUCAAGGGAGGAGUUGGAGACAGAGGCGUGCCUGGUCUUCCAGGACUUAAAGGUCUGCCUGGUCCCCAAGGACCCCCAGGUGAAAGAGGUACCUCAGGAUUACCUGGAAUAAGUGGACAGAAGGGAGAUCGUGGAUUCCCAGGACAAGAUGGAUUAGAAGGAAGGAAAGGAGAUGAAGGACAAUCCGGUCUACCAGGAUUGCCAGGAAAUAAAGGAGAUAAAGGUUUCCCAGGGUUCAAAGGAGAGCCAGGACCAGGGGCAAUCAUCAGACCAGAUAUGCGGAUCAAGGGAGAACCGGGACAGACGGGAGAUUCUGGAUUCCCUGGAACACCCGGAUUGACUGGCGAGAAGGGAAAUCCAGGACAGAAAGGAGAACGCGGUUUCUCUGGCAUUCCAGGAGAGAGAGGUAUUCAGGGAUUCCCUGGGAUGAAGGGUGAAUCGGGAUUCCCAGGAGCACCGGGCACCCCUGGAGAUGAUGGUUUCCCAGGACCCCAAGGACCUACUGGAGAUGCAGGAUUCCCUGGACCCCCAGGGCGCACCCCACCCUCAGGCUUCCUGGUUGUCCGUCACAGCCAGAGUGAGACUGAACCUAUCUGUCCAGACAACACUGCCCGUAUCUGGUCCGGCUACAGUUUACUGUACAUAGAAGGCAACGAGAGGUCUCACCAUCAGGACUUGGGCUGGGCAGGAUCCUGUAUGCAGAGAUUCAGUACAAUGCCAUUCCUCUUCUGUAACACCAACAAUGUAUGUAACUAUGCCAGUCGUAACGACAAAUCCUAUUGGCUAUCCACAAAUGAGCCAAUGCCUAUGAUGCCGGUGCGCGAUCCAGAACUACGUCGCUACAUCAGUCGCUGUGUCGUCUGUGAUGCCCCUGCUAAUGUCAUCGCCCUCCACAGUCAGGAAAUGUCCAUCCCAGAGUGUCCAGUUGGAUGGUCAGGCCUAUGGAUUGGAUACAGUUUUGCAAUGCAUACUGGUGCAGGGCCCAGUGGUGGUGGUCAGUCUCUGUCCAGCCCUGGCAGCUGUCUUGAAGACUUCAGAGCCACACCAUUCAUUGAGUGUAAUGGCAGUGGGGGCACCUGCCAUUUCUAUGCCAACAAAUAUAGUUUCUGGUUAACCACCAUCGACCAGCGCCAGAACGAUUUUGCCACACCAGUUCAAGAAACUCUGAAAGCUGGCAACUUGAGGACAAGAGUUUCACGAUGCCAAGUGUGUAUGAAAACCACCAGGCCUUAAUUGACACUUUAAAUGUCUGUAUUAAUUUUCUAUUUUUAUUUUAUGAUGACAUUUAAUGAGCAGCUUUAUUGUAACCUAUUUUUGUGACCUAUUUUUGAGGUUAUUUUUAACUGUGCAAUUGAGAAGACAUGUUGUAGAUAUAACCAGCAAUGGCAGACCGAAAAGUGCCUUAUGUAGAAUUCUAUGCACCUGAGCCAUAUUUACUAUGCAAUGAAUAGUUUUCUAAUCAUGUAACUUUGUACCUGUUUAUUGUCUCUGAUGUAAAUGAUUGCACUUCAUUGGUGUCUUUGUGUGUAUAUAUAUACAAGAGGUUGUAUGAUGUCUGGUAUUGUGUUUUGUUGCUUUUAUGAUAUUAAAACAAAUAUGAAUUGCCAAUUAAGAAAUAGCACAGGCAUUUAAGUUAGAAAAAAAUUAGAUAUUAAAUUUGACAGUGUAGCAGUUGAAGAUAUUUUUACAUGCCUGUUACUAUUUCUUGUGCUUUGCUUGACUGAAUAUAAAUAGUGAUGAUGUAAUACUCAACUUGACAGGAACCUCUAUAUAAGUUUCUUUCUGCUCAGAUAAAGGUAUGAAUGAAAACUGUGAUGAUAAAAUGUUUCUUGUAAAUUCAUUGAUGUAAAUGCAUUGAUCACAUCCUGUAGAUAUAUCUAUAUAUAUGUAUCAUUCAAGACAAUCAUGAUUCCAUCUUUGAUUCCCCAAUGAUUCUAGCCAAUCAAAAUAUGUGUAACAAACUAAAUGUCAAGGUUUUAUUGACUACUCUUUGAUAAAGAAUUACAAUGUUUAUUUUGAUUGGAUGGUCAUCAUUGGGCUUGAAUGAGUGGUUUUAUUAUGUAGAUGAACAAAUUUUAUGAAUGUUAGUGGGAAUAACUGUAAUGUUGCAUACCAUCUACAUGAAAGUCUUUUAAACCUUGCAGAUUAAAUAAUAUAAAAAUUCUAAAGACAACAUUUUUUUUGGAAUGACAAAAUUGUUCAAAUUUUUGCAUAUUUUACUUUCUUGCAUAUUUUAAUGUUCAUGGCAUUACAGCUAAAAAAAUAUUUCGAAGUAAAGUUUUAAAAUUUA